AUGAAGCUCGUCGCUAUCACCACUAUCGUCGCUCUUAUAGCGAACUCGGCCUCAGCACCAGUGAUUGUGAAGCCGCAAAGCGAUGUGAAAACUCGGCACAUCAUCCCAGUAACUGACGUCGGAUGUGGCGGUGAUGUACUGGAUCCUUCAGACACGGCGGAGGCGAAGAAAAAGAUGAUCAGAUGGGACAGAGCGGGAAACAAAGUGGACCAGAAGAAUUGGCAUCCGGAGUAUUUCAAUGGAACGGUCUGGUACUUGUGCAAUUGCAAACUCUUCUGGAGAGAUGGCGCUCCGGAAGAAGAGCUGAACCAAGUUGAGCAGAUCUUGUCGGAAACAUGCGGUCCCGCCCACACUGGCUGGGUUUGGAGCAAACCGUGGCAAAAGGCAUACAAUGUGGCGAGUGUGAAGACAAUAUCGGGCAAGAAACCUCCUCAUCUCUGUCCCCGUCACUGCAUGUGGGCGCAUAUUGGAGACUAA